GCUUUUACAUCUUACUACAUCUAAGCAACGCAUUGAGCCUCAUAUAAUGUCUCAAACACAAGGCUGAGAGAAAAUUUAGUUACACUACUGUAUCUGAGAAAUUUAGAUAUCUCUGGCUUUCAUAUGGGCUAUUGGACAUCUUGAAUUUUUUCGGGGAUCAAGGUCACACUUGCUUAAUUUGUUUCGGAGGUGAGGUGUGUUAUGUCCAUCAAAGAGCUACGCAAUCAAUUUACAGAACAGUUGAAAUGUCUAGAUCUUAAAUUAGAUAUUGAUUCUACUGUAGUCGCUGAACUUCAGGAUUUUUAUCGUCGACGAGCUAGUGUAGAACAGGAUUAUUCCGAUGCCUUAGCUAAACUUGCCAAUGGGUUAAAACAACGUCAUGUGAAUGAAACAACAAAGUUCUACGUUAAUUGGGUUGUGGCCCCUAAGAAAACCACCUGCUUCGGUUUGAGCACCCGGACAGUAUUCCAGCCCCCACGCAAAUCGAAUGAUUUAUGUGGCGCAUAUCCGUUUUUUUAUGCCUCCUUGUACCUAUGUUUAUGUGUUUUAAUAAUAAUAAUAAUAAUAAUAAUAAUAAUAAUAAUAAUAAUAAUAAUCUGUGUUAAUUACAAACCUUGGUUUUGCCGAUUAUCUUUGAUUUUAUAAUUAUAACAAAAACAUGGUAUAAUAUAAUUUCUGGUUAACGAUUUAUGUUAUUGAUGCAUUAUUUCUUUUGUCAUUUGUUUUUCUAAAAGAAAGUAGGAUUAGAUUAAUUAGGUAUUUUUUACUACUGAAGUUUCAUCUUUGUUUUCACAUAAGAUGCUCCUUUUACAAUGUAGCUCCAUUAAUUGCUCUAUUUAAAUUUUGUAGAAUUUUUAAAGGCAGUUGAAGUAACUAAUCUCCUCAAAUUAUAAUAAUUUGAUUAUUUUCUCUUACUUUCUUGUUUUGAAAAUAUAUUUAGACGCCCUCAUUGGGCGCCUUAUACAGCAACCACCAUAUGGAAUACAUUACUUGGUUCAACAUUACAUCUAGCUGAAGCUCAUGCAACUUUAUCUGAUAUUUUUUCGAAACAAAUGGUUCAACGUUUAGCUGAUAUGGAUGAAGAUGCUGUCCGUUUGCACAAACAGGUGAAGUUUUUAUUUUGUGUGUGUAACUAAUUACAAUAAGCUUAACUUUUCUGUUUUAACAUAUCAUAUUUGAGCCACUGUAAUUAGACUAUUAAUAAAGUUUUAUUGACUUUUUUGAGCAUAAUAUUUUGUUUUAUUGUAUUAGUGUUAUAUCUUGGUAAUUUUUCUGUUGGAUUCGUUAGAUUCACAUUAAUUUCUAACUAGGAACUGUUGAAAUUUAUUUAAUACGAAUUCUUUAUUACAGCCACUGACACACGACAACACAUCAACGUUAACAAUUCACAUGUCCAUAAGAGAUAAAGAAGGCUUGACUUUCACCAUAUCUUUAUAUAAUGAACAGAUGUCAGAAAGGCCAAAAUUCAAGUGGAAUAGCUCUGUUUAUACAGCAACUUAGUAAAAGUAACAUACUAAAGAUGAUAACAACCAGUGAGAAAACUAUAAAGGUCUUGCAGAAAUAUGAAUGAGAAAAAUGUUAUUACAGUUAUAAUUACGAAGAAAUUAACAUUUAUUAACAAAAACUAGAUAACCUGGAGUCUUCUUAACAGUAAAUUUAAAUCAAAAUAUCCUCUUUUGUCGUGUAUAUAUAAUUAGAAUUAAAUAAAAAAGAUUAAUAAAGGUUAUCAGAUGAUUUUUCUUCAUGUUUUAUUAGUUAUUAAUAUUAUCAUAGCAAAUCACGAGUUGUUUCUGCCUGAUUUUACGCAAAUUUUGUCAUCCUCUUUCAUAUGUUCUUGCAAUAUACUUGAUAAUUUAUUUCAUUUAUUUAUAAUAUUAUACGAUAUACACAUUAGGCUUUCUUAUCAAUUCUUUUUUGUUUGUUUCAGUGUUAAAUGAUAUUGUAGUGAAAUCACAAAUAAUUAUUGAUGCACAGAACUGUUAGCGUAGAAAGUGGGAUAAAAGUGUAUAUUGUUCAAGGUAAAAUACCUCUUAGCAAAACAUUAAGGUAAAAUUUACAAAAUGAUAGGAAUGUUAAAGUAAAGUGGUAGGUAAUAGAAAAUGAGUGAUAAUUAGAUGAAGCACUGAAGUUUCAGUUGGUAAGAAGUUAGUAUGGAGAAUGCUGGUCAGCGGCCUAUGCUCCAUUGGGAGUAACAGGCGUAAUUAAGUAAGUAAGAAGUGAGUAUAUCUUGUGCAUUGUAUUUGAUCACGAGCCUUGUGACAUACGCUCUUCAGCCACAUAUUUUUAUAAUCCAGUAAAUUGGAAUCUCCCUACUCACGGUCUGAUAAAGUAGUUUUUUAAGCGAAUGCUGUGAAUUUGUAAUUGGUUACCUUUCGUCACUAUAUAUGUAUUUACUGAGUGCAUAACAUUUGUACUUUAAUAGUGAGCUACAUUUCUAUAAAAGUUUUCUGAUAAAUAGUUUAAUUACACGAAAGUUUGGCGCCAACUUUAUAGAAAAUAGUGUUAAGUUUGUAAAAUCGAGAAAUUAAAGUUUAUUCUUCUGUUUGUCUCAUCAGUAAGUAAGUAAUUCAACUAAGUAAUCAUGUACUUAUAUAUGCAAUCGACAUUAAACCACUUUUCAGUUGUUGUCGUGUGAUGCUCUUUGCAACUGUACAAAUUAAGGUAAUAAUAGUGGGGCUCGAUUAUUUCAUUUUAUAGUUGAAAUUUGAACGUCUUAACUAUAACUUCACUUAUGAGUAUAAUCAUAAUGACAUUCUUGACAAAUAUUAUCCUACUAUAACUUCCUUCCACUCUAAAACCAAUCAACCUUGAUACAUUUUCAAUAUCAAAAACUUCGAAAACUUUAUUACUCACUAUUUAGUAUGCGACAGUUUGUGACUGCUACCUACAAAUACGGUUUCACCUUGAAAUAUGUAAUUUGUCAGUAAUUUCUAGUUGAUGGUCAAGUGUGUAAAUGUGUCUGAACAUUAUUAUGAUCACUUAAUUCGUCAAGAAUAUUUACAUUUUUAUCUAUCCAGAUGCGUUGAUUGAUUGAUAUGUUUGUUUAUGUUUAUUGGAGAAUGAUUUUUGAAGAAAUCCAUUUCACUCACUAUAUAUUUAUAUGUAAAGGUCAUUCUAGAACUUAUUAUUUAAUCUGUGAAAGUCUUACUUUAUUACUAACUAAAUAGGUCAUGAUUAUUUUUAUUUCAAAAUAGUUUCAUUCCAUUCACUUAUAUUGCUAUUUAAUGACAUUUUUGUAUUCUAUAGAAUUGUCUGAAUACCUCUAGGGUAUUUAUCAUCAUUUGUGGCGAUGUUUAUGACCAUUAACAAUAAAAUAAAUGAAUAAUUUUUUGGUUCCAUUAUUUUUCACUUCUGAAUUGAUUCCAGUUGAAUGAAUUGUAAUAGUAACGAAAGUAAUUAAAUCAAUAUAAAAGUCAGUGUUUUGAUGCAAUGUAAAUUAGUUCUUGUUUUAGGUACUUUGUUUUUUAUGUCUUCGUCUCUUUUUUAUCCAGGCACUCAAUUUUCAUUCAUUCUGUCAGGGUCGAAACCUAUCUGUGCUUUUCACAUUUCAGUUCCGUUGUAGUCUUCUUGUGUAAUUGUUAGUCAUUUUAUUUAUUUAUUUAUUUAUUUUAACACAGAUAUUGGUACAAGGAGGCACCAAAUAAAUAUGCGCCACACAAAUCUCAUUCGAUAUGUGUGAGGGCUGUGAUACUGCACGGGUGCCCAAACCGAACCAGGUGGUUUUCUUAGGGGGCCACUCCCCGAGCCUUCGACCUGAAUGUCUGAUCCACAAGGUAGUGGAGCAUCGUAAGGAGAUGCAGUCCCAUGGAAGCCGGUGACCAACAAUUGGUUCAUACUCCAUUUGUUCCCAUAGGAUACUGGAGUCCAUGUGCACCAUUGGUUUGGAAUCCGGUUAAAGCGCCGGACAUUCGCUUUUCGUCUUCUCAUUUUCGUAAACAAAACCCCGGCCACGAGAAGGCAGUGAGUAGGACUUCCCUGGCAGAGGCUGUAUACGCGUGGCCGUGUGAGAGCAUUUGGAGAGGGAGAGCGGACUCUCCCCACUCUCGGCCAUACCAGGGCAUUUGGGAUCCAUUUAGUCAUUUAGUCAAUAAAUUUUUGUGCUUGUGACGUCACAUCAUAUUAUUUUAAAAAUGUUUGUUUUGAUACAUGUUUAGGAAUAUCUUCUUUCAAACUCAUUGUAUAUUUCUAGUUUUCUUUUAUCUGUGUGAAGUUUGGGAUUUCACUAAUUCAAUACUUAUAUGGUGUAUGCUACUUACGUUGACAGUAUGUAACACCAAUUAGAAGUGGAAUAUAUAGCAGCAGAAGAUUGAGAAGAUCGAUCUGAAGAUAGCAGAAAUGUAAACAGAAUAAUUGUAAUAACAACAGGAAUGAAGGAACAAUGAAGUUUUUAAGAGAUAACUGAUAUAAGAUAUGCAAAUGAUAUAUUUAAUGUAUGGUUUUCACAUUUCACGGAGGCAUUCUGUAAUUUUGCACUAGGCAAUAAAUUGGUUAUCCCCCCAAAAAUGUAGUGAAGGGAGACUUUCAUUCAUUCCUGUUGUCUUCAGUUCGAUCUUCUCAAUUCCACUUUCAGUUGGUGUUACAUACUACUUAUAUCUGUCGACGUAAGUAGCAUACACCACACUUGUAUCAUUAUCUUUGGUUCUUUUAAUUUUUAGUUAAAUUUCCUUUGUUACUCCUUUUUGUAAAUUGUAUCUUAUCGGACCUAUCUGUGUUUGUUCCAGAUUUAACGUUUUUACAUCUGUCAAGUUUUUGGUUAUUUAGAAAUGAAUUAGACUGAAUAUUCUAGAAAAUAUUUUAUUGUUGCUAAAAUACGUUCAAUCAUGUGAAAGGAUAUGUCAGUAGUUACUGUACUUCGAAUGAUGGAACGCUAAAAUUCCUUGUUUUUUUCCAGGAUGCCUGUAAUUAUUGGUUAGUUAGGUUAAGUACUAAUUGAUGUACCAUGGAAUAUAAACGAUCGGUUACCAACUCAGUGGUCUAAAGGUUAAGUGCCCAUCGUAAGACCCGAAUGUCUUAGGCUUGGUCCGCAGAUGGACCAGGGCUAUAUAAUGUAGGAUGCUCUUAUCCUAAGAUGAAACAGUUCGUGAUUUAAAUUAUGAAAUUUAACAGGCUUCACAAACCCCUUAAACCAAUAAAUACUAAUUACUCGAAAAUUAUUGUUAUACUUUAACCAGAUCAUCGGGAUAUUUAGUGCUUUAUAGAAUAAUCUAACAUGAAAUGUGUACGACGUUUUUAUUCUAAUACAGCUGAACACGUCUGUACUUAACUUGUUACAACAUUGCUUGAUGCUCAAAAGUUAUUGUUGGUUAUGAUGGAUAUAAUCAUAUCAGAAAUACUUAAAUAACCACUUUUUUGUCAUGAAGAACAUUAUUAUCAACAAAAUUAUAUAAAAGGUUAAAUAGCAAAGAAUUGAGGUUGGAACUUACGAAAUAAAAUGAAUUAAUGUUUUUCUGUUCAAUUCUUUGUUCUUGUUCUCUUCAAGAUAAUGAGGAGAAAUUAAUAUAUGAAAAUUAUGUAAUCUAGGCAAAAAUUGUUCAUCAAAGUAUCAUUGCUUUGUAUUUGAUUCAAAAUAUUGUAAAAUAACUGCAUAGCAUCAAUGAAUCCAUAGAUCGGAGUUGUCAUAUUGAAAAUCAAUACGCCUACCUGACGAAUGAGAAUCAGUUAGUUAUGUGAUUACUUGUCUUCUUAUUAAUGUCCACUAAGUUGUCCAUCAGUUUCUUCCUUCUGGUUCAUUUCAACGCUUUUCUCUCCUUUUUUCGUUCCUCGCUUAUAUCCUCUUGUCCUGUGAAUAAUUUAGAAGCUUGAAUCGAUAAACUCUUGUUCAGACUAACUUGAUCUAUUCACCUAUCUAUCUAUCCAUCCAUCCAUCCAUCCAUCCAUCCAUCCAUCAGAAAACAUUGUUUUUCACUUAGUUUCAUUAUUGAACUUAUUGUGUCUAUAAUCUUAUCAACAUAAAUUUUGUUGUCAAACCUAAUAUAAAGAGUUUUUUUCUAAAUGAUUGACAAUUUAAACGCUUCCCGAUAGUUUAAAUAGAAAAUCUAUCCCCUGUACUUAUUGAAAUAUAUCAUUAUUUUCGGUGAAACUCACUAAUCGAAUACAAAAUCAUGAAGGGUGGUGAUAAACUACUCAGCUAUCCAAAUCCAUCCCAAAGUUAAGGAAUUUGAUGUUUUAACCUUUAUAUCAACACCCACCCAUUUUUUACCAGAAUGUUAUCACUCGAUUAGUCAAAACGGCGAGACUAUAAUUUAUGGACGAACCAAUCAGGUGUCAGAUUUUGGUGCGAAAUUCACCCAUCCAUUUGGCUAAAUAGAGUUUUAGCAUUAUAGCUGAUAUCAGUUCGUGAUGACAACCCUAAAUCUAAUUCCUAACCCUAACAACUGUAAAUCAUAGUAAAUCAUAAUUCCUCACGCUUGUUUAUGGCACUCAUUUGGACUUGUUAUCAAGUGAACACUCUCAAGGUCACUUUAGCGUCGCUCAAAGGUCGUCCAUAAAUUAUAGUUUCACCGAUUUGUAGUUCAGGUGGAUUAUUCAGGUUGCGUUUUCUCUGAUCUGGAUGGUUUAGUCAUAGAGCUUGGAUUGUUCGUCCGAACAACAUCAUCAACCCCGACGUCAGGGAGAAUUUUGUGUUGGUGAUGUUUUCUAGAUGAACCAACAACCAAACCACCCAGCUCAGAGAACAAAACUCCACCUAAGAUGACAUACCAAAUAUUGAACUCUAGAAUAAACCUUAUUAAGAGUCAUUCAACAAACAGGAUUGAAAGAUAUGACAACUUUAGAUCACUCAAUUUUCAGUAGAAUUAAUCCCUGACUAUCAGGUUUAAUUCUUGCCCAAUCACAUCACAGUGAUUUUAUUUAUUUGCUUUUUUCUGCAUUACAUAAUAGUUUUAAACUUACCGAUAAUAUUUCAUAAAAUUCAUUGUAUUUCACAUGAACCAAUAUAUUGUCUUAAUUGUUUAUUCGAUAAACGUGUGAAAGUGAAAUUCUUAUAGAAAUAUUUACCUUCUUGAUUUGUGUAGGUUGUGCAAUUAUAAUCAUACUUUGCCUGUUUCUGUGAUUCACCUGGUCUGUAUUAGUCAUGGGGACUGUAUGAAAUGUAAAUAGAAAUGGAGCUAUCGCUAUAUAUGUGCAUUUUUGUAAUUGUAGGAUUAUUGGCUACAGUCAACGAAAAGCAGAUAGCUGUAUGUUUCACUCAGGCGAACGUUGAGACUGUUUGAAUGAUAUUUAAUCAUUAUUGUAAAAUCUGAAAUUGUAUAUGUUAGCUAUUGUAAAAUAUGCCAAAAUUACUUAGUUUAGCAAUGAUCUUACUUUUUCUGUAAACGUUAAGAGUGAAUGUGUAAGAAAGAAUAACAAAUAUAAUAGUAAUCUUCUUAAUAGUAGUUUUAAAGUGAUAAUUAACCAUUCAAAUCUGUAGGUAAAUACACAGUAACUUCAGAAAGUGGGGAAUACUAUGUCUGGAGAAGUUGUUAGUGUUGGAUUUUGGUUUAUUUGAUCUCUUCGUACCUUUAAAACUAGGGAACUAAACAUUUUUCUACAUAAUAUUACUUUAGAUAGUUAAAAUAAUAGCAAAUCUAUGUAUGUCACUGUAACAAUGUACUCAAUUAAUGAAGGGAUUUUAUGGUGAUUGGUUUGGCUUGUAAGUAAUAUUCGUCAUGUAUUGAUUUUAUUCAGGGUACCAUUGAAAACCAAGUAGCAUUUGACGUCUGUUUCGUCUUUGUGAAGAACUCAGACGUGGAUAUAUACCAACCUUCCGAAAAUCAACCCCGGGACUUUGAAUGCUCAUAGCAAGCUUCUAACCAAUGUGCUUCUAGAUUGGCAUCUAGUGGUACAUAUUUUCAACUUCAAUCGAUUCAUAAGGUAGCGCGAUGAUCACUCAAUGAAAUUGAUGGGUACGGUUUCAUUCGUAACAUCAUUUGAUUUUACCGGUCACAAUUUAUCGCUGAAAUUUCAGGGGGUUGUCUCAAGCCACGAUUAUGAUAUUCAUAGCUUUUGUAAAGAUCGGUUGAAAUUGAACGUGGUUCACGUUACAGACUGACCUAAAUUGUGAGUAAACAUCGUGUUAUAUGAUGGAUUGGUUAAGGUUGGAAAUAUGUACCAGUAGAUACUAACUUAUUAAUAUAAUAGUUAAGCGCUGAUCGCGAAACCUAAGGGUUUUGCAUCUGAUCACCGACAGAGUCAUGGAUGUUUACUCCCGAGAAGUCCUAUACUGAGACGAAACAGCUGUCUAACAUUCCUUGUUUUUCCACAGUAUCUCAACUGAGGUCACUCUGUGACAAAUGCCAUUUGAAAGUCUGAUUAAUUAUUUGCAAUUUUUUUCAAUUAUCAUCGAACUAUGUAAAAAGCAUCAAGCCCGAUUUUCGUUCUAAUUUAAUGUCAGUGAAACGUUUUCGUUUUAUUUGUAUAGUUGAUAAAAGAUAUAUAUGUUUGUAUUUUAUUUGUGUAGUGUCGUGAAAUGAUGUCCUCAUGUCAAGAUCGUGUUUUAGCCAAUACUACUAAACUCCAGGCCGAUCAACGUGAAUAUGCACAUAGACAAGCCGCAGCAUUAGAGGCUGAUCGAAUCCGUCGUCGUGCUGAAGAUAAACUGUUAGCUGCUAAUCAAAAAGCCCGUAGUAAAGGCAAAGAUCCUGAUAAUAGUCAACGGUCUAUGCGAGCUCAAAAUGAAUUCGACUUGGUUAGUGCACAGAUAUAAUAACACUUUUGCUUAUAUCAUGAUAAUAGAUUUGAUUUUAGAUGGAUAAUAUAUAAUUUCUUUUUCUUCCUCACAAUGUUUUUUUCCUUCAGUGUUGUAUGAGAGUGCCUACUUACAAUGAGAAAUUUAUUUUAGUGGUUUUAUGUACGCGAUUUCCAAGUUUUUUCACUUUCAUAUUCUCAUUUUAAUGUUUGGUUUUAAUAUGUAGGUAUGUUGUUAGAUCCCAAUAACUAUUCUGAAAACGGAUGUACGCUAAUGUGUAUCAUAACAACUGAAGGAAUUGAAAUAGAAGGGCCGUUAUUUUUUCGUAGUACAAUACGAAAGCAAAACGGUGCUUAAACAAAGCAGAACCUCAUUUAGUGGUGUAGAGUACUCCAGUUUGCAUCAUGUCAUGAAUAACUUUUUGUCGACUUUUUCACCUAUAUACAUUGUUUAUCACUGAUUAUUCCUAUUCCCUUUGUCGCUCAGCUUUUGCUUUCUACAAAGUUACCUAAUCAGUCUGUCUUCUCUCUCUGUCUAUGCAUCAAAUUAUUCCACCUACGAUUGAUUUUUUGUAUGGAACUAGAUUAUGGAUUCAUAAAAUGUAUUUAUUCUUAAUCAUAAUCUUCGGUGUUAUUGUUUGGUUAUUUUCUAUCGAUAUACCAAAGAUGAUUUGUACUGAACAUUUUGAACCUGUUUAUUUUCUCUUUCUUUGCUUGCUUUUUUGCACUUGUAUUAUUUAUCUUAUCCUUACUUUUACUGUUCAUAUAAAGAAGGAUGUACAGAUAUUUCUAUUUUUCACAUUGUAUGUCAAUAAUGGAUAAAAAAAAUUUCUAACCAUUCAUCUGAAGAGAUGUUAACAUUGGAUAAGUUAAGUUGGAAAGUUAACAAUAAAUAAAGCAUACAAUUUAUACGAUUUGUUACAAAAGCUAUCUUUCCUUCGGUAGUUGUAUGAACAAUCAAUACGCUGAAGUUUCCAAGAAGUACUUAGAAGUGAAAAUCUAUCUGGUUUAUUAAGUUGUAUUAGUUUGCCUAAUACAUUUCAUCAUGCCAUUAUAAAAAUCUUUUUUAUUAUUAAACAGCAUGAUUAACGUGAGUUAUUCUUGUUCAUUUGUGUAUACUCAACUAAAGAUUUGUUUGAAGUUGGUAACCGAAAAACCACGAAUAGUUGUUCAAUCUCAUAUUUUCUGCACUUGAAAGAAUCAUAUGGAUCUCAAUUCUUAUUUAUUUAAUUGAAAUAAUCCUGUUACAACAUUGAGAAACGAAGACUCAGCAUUUCUUCAAAAAUAUUAAUGCACAGAAAACUAACAUUGAGUGGUCGGGGGUCUACGAAUUUUUAAAGCUGAAUGCCUUUGGUUCAGAAGAAAAAUUGAAUUCACUCUGUAUUUUCGAGGCCUAAAUUAGCCAAUAUCUGUCUAUUUUACUGUACUUUUAUACGGUUGUCAUUAAUGACAUUGUCGAAUUUUCCUUUACUUUUAUUCUUCCGAUUCGUGUGCAUGGUAAAUAUGGUCUCUCAAACUAAGCGAGUAAAUGUUCUCUCAUCAUAAUAAUGUAAACUUUUAAUCUUAGUUACCAAGUUUCCAAUGAGUCCAGAAAUGCUUGAAACUAAAUUUGUUUUGUCAAGUCAGAAAACACUAUUUGAUCACUCAGAUCAAAACAGAUAUAAAUGCAGUAUAAAUUUACGAUUCAGUUGUCUAAAAGAAUGGAGGUUUUGGCAUUGAGCUAACGCUAUUUUACGAAAUAACGUAAAGAAAUCAUUUUAGAGAUAAUAAAACUUGCGAUUGUCGUACUUUUUUGUGGUGUCUUAAAGGGUAUCUACCAAGUUUAAUUGAUGUUGAAUAGUAGUAAAAUUUAAAAUAUAAAAUAUCCGUGAUGUUAAACAAUUCUAUGUAUUUGACAUUGACUAUUUCCUGCUUACUUUGUGUUGAAAAGUCAAGAACGAUGCGAAAUAUUUGUAAAAUUUGUUUAUUGUAGUCUGUCAUCGGAAGUAUGUUGUCAAUAUAAUGUGCAUGUUACAGGUCGACGCAAUUAUGUACACAUCCCCGUCUAGAAUGACAUUUAUGUUAUACACCAAUGACUCAUUUCUUCAUAUAGAAUUUCAAUUUAUCUUAAGUAGCAUAUUUUUUCCCUUCAUCGUGAAUAAUUAAAAAAAGUUAGGAAAUAAGAAAGCCCUUUGACGAGUUAUUUAAACUUUCGAUAUUUUUCUGUUAAAUUAAUAAGACGCUAUUCUCAUCUUUAAAUUGAUUUGAACAUGAUGAAUGUUGAAUGUCUCAUGAACUAGCGACUAAUCUUUAAAUGAACAUGGUCUGUGUGUAUUCAUCAAUCUAAAUUAAAAUACCGUCAUUUAAACCGAAUGUUUAAUGAUUUUGGGUAUUGUAUAUGCCCAAGCUGUCUUUACAUGAGUCAUACGAACAAUACGUUGAAUUGGCUAUAGUGGUCGAUCAGCUAUAGAAGGGACACUAUAGUGAGAUCUAUCAUCUAUUUUUCCAAAAUUUUGCUUAGAAAGAUUAACAUUAUAGAGAUUGAUUUUUCUCUUGAGAUCAUCUAGCUAAGUAAACAUGAUGUGGUCGAUUUUAUCAACAAACGGAACAUGCAUAUUAUUCACAUUAUUAUUCAUAUUGAAUCAAGG